CAUCAGACGCUAGCGCAUCUAGUUAUGAACAUGACGGACCAAACAACUCCAAAAUGGGUCAAUAAAGAGAUUUUCCAUGGCUUGUUGGAACAGAGUAAUCAAAAUUUUAAGGCGAUACUUAAAUUUGUUCCCACAUCGGCGAUCAGCAAGGGGGAGAAUUAUUUGACAAUCGUGCUACGUGUACAAAUUGAAAUGCAGCUGAAAGAUGAUAGCACAGAAGAUGUCAGCUACAUACUGAAGAUUCCCUUGGUGCCGGAAGAUCAGGAGAACGAUUUUCAUGAUAUGUUCGAGGCCGAGAUGGACAUGUACGAUCAUCUCAUCCCGGAAUUGGAGGACCUGUAUGCCAAGAAUACUUCAAUCUCACCGAAAUUCAAGCCUCUGCAUUUGAAGUUCCCAGGCUCAGAGAUUAAGGUCGACUACAUUCUGUUGGAGGACCUGCGGCAAAAGGGAUACCGGAAUGCCGACCGAUCUAAGGGCUUGGAGCAAUUCGAAGUGGAGGCAGCACUCAAGAAGUUGGCCCAGUGGCAUGCAGCCUCGGCCAAAAGAGUCGUUGAACUCGGGGAAUACGAAAAGGGUAUAAGGGAAAGUUUCUUUACGAGCGAGCAUCAGAAAUUGCUGGAUGAUUUUAACAUAAAUUUCUGUAUGCCCUUCCUGGAGUGUAUGCAGAAAUAUAAUUUGGAUCCAGGACAGUUGGUUUUAAUAAGCGACUACACAUCGAAAUUAACGGAUCUUAACAUAGAGUUCGGAAAGAACGAUCCUAUGGAGUUAAGCGUGCUAAACCAUGGCGAUUUCUGGUGCAACAAUUUUAUGUUUAAAUACAAAGAUAGUUCAGAGGUUGAGGAUGUUUGCUUUGUCGAUUUCCAGCUGCCUAAAUAUGGCACUCCCGCCCAGGAUCUUUUCUGCAUGCUAAUGACCUCCCCCAAGUUUUCGAUCAAGCUGGAAAAGUUCGAUCAUUUUAUAGAGUAUUAUCACCAGCAGCUUGUCGAUCAUCUCGCUCUGCUCAACUACAAUCGGAAUGCUCCCACACUAGCUCAGUUUCACACCCAUCUGCACAGAUACAGUCUCUGGGCUUUUAUAUGCGCACAGCGAAUGCUGCCUAUAGUGCUGCUCCCGCCCGGUGUCGAUUCAAAUAUAGGCAAUAUAAUGGGAAACUCGGAGGAGGCGAUGGCGUUCAAGCGUAAGAUGUUUCUUCUGCCGGCUUACGUGGAUCAGAUAAAAGUCAUAUUGCCUUGGCUUAUAAACCGGGGUUAUAUAAGAUAAACUGCAUGCAAUGCUAAACAGGUUCUAGCAGAGCUCAAAGUGUAAUACAAGUAUUAUAAUAGAAACUCAAUUUAAACAUAUUAAUCACAAAACAGAUACAAAAUGUAGAUAAUUCAGAGCU